CGGGGCGGCGCGGAGGCCAUCUUGGCGCGGGACGCGCGCUCCUCCGGGCUUCCUCGUCCUCGCCGAGCCGGAUCCCUGCGCCGGGCACUCACAUCCCGACCCCGACCCGACCCCGGCGUGUGCAGCUUCCGCCGAGGCGCUCGCUCGGACCCAGUGCACCAUAACUGAGGGACAAUGAUGGAAGAAAGCGGAAUAGAGACAACUCCACCUGGAACCCCUCCCCUGAACCCCGCAGGCCUGGCUGCCGCCGCAGCCGCCAUGCCCUCCACUGAGGUUCACUUAGCUGCAACCAGUUCCUUCUCAUCUCCCGGUGUGUCCGGGAUGGAGUCCUUGCCGCCACAUGCGUACUCCACGCCUCAGCCAUCCCUGCCCCCUGUGCAGCCGUCGGCACCGCCUCCUUUUGUGCCACUGUCUCCAGCUCCUUCGGUUCCCCUGAGUGGCACUUCGGUGCCACCCUCCAUGUCUCCGUCACCUGCCGCGGCCUUCAGCAGCCCCCCCAUAGCCCCCUUCCCCCCUGCGACCUCCGCCUCCGGCGCUCUCUUAUCCACACCGCCUUCGGGUCCUCCUAUCUCAGGAUUUGCCGUUGGUGCAGCCUACGACAUCACGAGGGGCCAUGCCGGGAGAGCGCCCCAGACGCCUUUGAUGCCAUCCUUCUCUGCACCUCCAGUCACAGGUAUUAUGCCAGCCCCCAUCACUCAGCAAGCCAGUAUGACAUCUCUGGUACAGGGACCUGGAACCACAUCAGCCAUUACUUUCCCAGAGGAACAGGAAGAUCCGAGAAUUGUUAGAGGCCAGGAUGAUGCACCUGCUGGUGGGAUCUGGGGUUUUAUCAAGGGUGUAGCUGGGAAUCCUAUGGUGAAAUCUGUGCUUGACAAGACCAAGCAUUCGGUGGAGAGCAUGAUUACGACCCUGGACCCCGGCAUGGCUCCAUAUAUCAAAUCUGGAGGUGAACUGGAUAUUGUUGUAACCUCAAAUAAAGAAGUGAAGGUGGCUGCUGUCCGUGAUGCCUUCCAGGAGGUCUUUGGCUUAGCUGUGGUUGUGGGGGAAGCUGGACAGUCCAAUAUCGCCCCACAGCCAGUAGGCUAUGCGGCUGGAUUAAAGGGUGCCCAGGAACGCAUAGACAGCCUGCGGAGAACUGGCGCCAUCCACGAAAAGCAGACUGCCGUGUCGGUGGAGAACUUCAUUGCUGAGCUGCUGCCCGACAAGUGGUUUGACAUCGGCUGCUUGGUGGUUGAAGACCCCGUGCACGGCAUCCGCCUGGAAGCCUUUACUCAAGCGACCCCAGUGCCUUUGGAGUUUGUGCAGCAGGCACAAAGCCUGACUCCCCAGGACUACAAUCUGAGGUGGUCAGGCCUUUUGGUGACAGUGGGUGAAGUCCUGGAAAAGAGCUUGCUAAACGUUAGCCGGACUGAUUGGCACCUUGCUUUCACGGGUAUGUCUCGCCGACAGAUGAUCUACAGCGCGGCCAAGGCUGUGGCAGGCAUGUACAAGCAGCGCCUGCCACCCAGGCCCAUGUGAGACCAGCUGCUGGGAAAUGGAGACCUGCCGUCACCUUGGGCUCUGUGUUAGAGGAGACUGGAUAGCUUCCGUGAAUCCAACACAUUUUACAACUUUCCUGUAGGCUGCAGUCCUUUCAAAAGAAAAAAAAUGUUUUUAAAUAAAGGCACAGUGUCAUUCCAGUAAAACAAAAGAAGUAGAUCCUCUCUUUACUGUCAUGAUUCAUACAUCCUAGUUCUCAAAAAAUACACACACAUCUUUACAGCACAAUUCAUAUACCAAAUCUAUAAAGUGGAAAUCCAUGCUCACAGAUUGGAUGAUUGUUCUUGGCUCAUCAUUCUUAAGAAUAUGUAAUGAGGUCUGCCUGUGUUAUCUGUGUGCGCACAUGCUCAACAAUGGAUCUUACAUGAUGCUGGGGGCAGGGUGUGUGUGUGCACAGCUCCAUGUGUUUUAUAGAAUAUGGGCCAAAUUAACAGAAUGGAUAUUUUUUGUCAUGUACAUGCAUAGUCUGGAAGUUAUAUACUUGUUUCUUUUUUGUUUUAAAUUUUGGCAUUUUAUAGAUUUAUACUAUGAACAUCAGAAAAUAACAUUUUAUUUUUCUUCAUUGCUAUGUGAAAACUAAAUGGCAGAUCAUCCAAGUACAUUUUAGAUCGGAAAUGUAUUCGUGUUGUUUUUUUACUUUGUUUUUGUGAUUUUGUAUAUUGGUGUUUUUGCUUGUGUGUAUGUCUAUGCACAAUGUAUGUACAGUACCCAAGGAGGCCAGAAGGGCAUCAGACCCCUGAAACUGGAGUCUCAGGUGGUUGUGAGCAACUAUGUGGGUGCUGGGAAUCGAACCUGGCUCCCUCUAGAAGAGCAGUCAAUGUUCUUAACCACUGAACCAUCUCUGCAUCCUCCUUGUGUUAUUUUUGCACAAUGGUGUUAGCACUUCCACAAAUCAGCUCUCACGACAGCGGUUCCUCCUGCAUCCAUUCACAUCCUCCACACGGUAAGAGGGCAUCCUCUUCUUUGGGGAUGGUCUGUGUUUUCUUUAAUUAAGGUUACUUUAUUAAUGUUGUUAUUAUUAUUUGAGAAGUUCAUUCAGUGUGUUCUAAUAACACUCCCCUCCACCCUUCCCCUAACUCUUCCUUUCCCACUACAUGCUCUCAGUUCUUGUCCUCUUUUUUUUUGACAUCCACCAAGUCUAGUUUGUACUGCCCAAAUAAGUGUGAGGCUAACAACCAGUUGACCUACAAAGAACUACACCCUUGAAAACUGACUGUUCCUCAGAAUCCAUCCACUGCCAAUAGCUCCCCAGUUUUCGGGGUUUGCGGGGAGGACAGUCAUGAGCUCAGCCAUGCUGGGAUGUGGACUGGCUGGGCCUUGUAGGUUUAAGGUUGUUUCCUGGUUUGCCUUAAGUACAGUUUAACUUUUCUAACUGUGCCCUUCUGCCUUUAUUUCUUAUGGAUGUUUCCAAAGGAAUGAUUUUAUAUCCAAUGUAGUUUAUUUAAUCCAUUGCAUUUAGUGAAUGUUUUUUCCUCCCUGAAAUAAUAUAUUUUACCAUUUGGGGUUUACAUAAGUCAAAAUUAAGUAAAGUUUUUCUUACACAGUUGAACUCUAUUUGUGAAGUGUGCUGUGCCCUAAUGCUUUUUAGUAGUUAUGUUGUUUCUGCUACUUUUACAGAAGAAGGAGAAUUGCUACUUUUGAGGUGCAUCUUGAUUAAUCUCCAAGCACUGUGUGUGUUGCUUAGUUAGACAGGAAGGAAGUAGUGUUGUGCCUGUGAUUAUGUACCUGGCCCGGGGUAACUCAGCCACAGUACUACUUCCCAUUGCUUCUUCAUGCAUAAGAAGCAAGGGCCUGCUGGGUGGCGGUGGCGCAUGCCUUUAAUCCCAGCACUUGGGAGGCAGAGCCAGGAGGAUCUCUGUGAGUUCAAGGCCAGCCUGGUCUACAGAGCGAGAUCCAGGACAGGCACCAAAACUACACUGAGAAACUCAGUCUCGAAAAACCAAAAAAAAAAAAAGAAGCAAAGGCCUUUCUCUACCACUUGCUUCUAUGCUGUUUUUAAAAGCUGUCCUUUAGGUCUGGGGAUGUAGCUCUGUGAUGGAACACUAGCUAAUGUCAGGCCCUCGGGUCAGUCCCCAGAACACACCUGCGCACACGCACACACGCGCACACACACACACACACACACACACACACACACACACGGUGGUGGGGGGACUGUCCUUGUCUAACAGUAUUUGAUGGGGUGUUGCCUGGAUGAUAGUGUUUUAUUAUACUUCAAAGGCAAGUAAAUUUCACAGAUCCUGAAGGUACCCUAUUUUUCCCUUCACUGUUUUAUUGAGUCUGCAUUGUCUUAGUUACUGUUUCAGAGGGUCAAUCCAGUAGAAUCACAGGAUGUCACUGACAUCUCAUUGGGUAUUGUUUUUCUUGAGUUCUAAAUAACAGUGGCAGACUUAUGCCAUGGCUUAAUAACUGAGUAAUUAACUGGAUAAUUGUUCCUUAGUCUGCCUUCUGAGAGGAGGAGGGAAGGGCGGAGGAUGGAAGAGAGAACUGUGUGAUCCAGUCUGAUUUCUCUGUAGACAGUUUGGUCUGGCCCAGAAUUCUCUGUGGAGGAUGUCAGAGCCGGGCUGGCUCCACCGGCUCAUCUUCCCUAACCGUGGUCCUCCUGGGAUUCCGUGCUCAGUCUGUGUGGGCCUGGACAGUGCACAGCCGCGGUGCCUUCCCAGCCCUUCUGUCCCUGCGUCCUUUCUCUUCCUGCCUGUGUCUGUGUAAGUUCCACACUGACAGUUUUAGGGAGUUGGUGGGCGGCUGUUGCAUUUUUUAAACCUUUUAGGAAAAAAAAUCACCAUUGUUAUGGGGGUGGCUUUUGUGGUUUUUUUCGUACCGAUUAUUGAAUUUUUACUUUUAUCAGUAGGAAAAUAAAGCAGGAAAAGUAAUUGAACAUCAGCCUCACGAGAUUGCUCAACUAUUUAGUUCCAAGGUCGUCCUCUUCAGUUUUUGUUGUUUUUCUUGUUUUGCUCUGGCUUGGUUUAUUUGUAACAAUCCUGGGUGUGGAGCUCAGAGCCCCAUUUACUCUAGGCAAGGGCUCUACUGAAGAGCCCCAGCCCCAGCCCCAGGUCCCUACUCAGUUUUUGAGACAACUCUGGACUGAAGCUCUCCCAUGGGCUUCUGAGCUUGGAAAAGUUUAAGAAGCUGGGAGUUCUCUACUGAUUCCCUUGCCAUUAAUUCUCAUUCUUCCUCCCUCGGUCUUCCGAGAUAAGAUACUGCCGUCUUAAAUGUAGGUAAAUAAGAAAAAUGAAAGCACACGAUGUACAUCUAUUCUGAAUUAUGCAAAUUAGCAGUUACUCAGGGUCAACUAAAUUACUUCAGCCUGCCCUUUAGUUUACUCUUGCUAUUUGGCAAAAAGAAGAAAAAAAAAAUAAGGACUGUGUGAUUUGUGAAGCCAAAUUGAUAAUCUGUUGUAAAAGUUGUUGAGUUAAACAUAAAUUAUUACGAAGUGUAGAUUUUUCCUAGGAUAUUGUAUUCAUUUUGUGAUAUUAUGUAGAGUGAUGUAUUAGAUGAAAUCAAUUUUGUAAGUAUGUAAAUAUGUCAUAAAUAAAUACUUUGACUUAUUUCUCAAAA